AUCCAGAAGAGGUAAAAAAAAACAAAAAAAAAAAAAAAAAAAAAAAACUGAUCAGUGAAGAUUCAAUUCAACCAUGACCACCACCAAUCCCGGCAGCGCGCGAGGAAGCAACAAGAAGAGGAAUUGGAUCAUCCUUAUACUCGCUUGGAUCAUAUUACAUGUCGUCUUCAUCUUGCUCUUUGUGCUUCUAUUUCUGCGAGUCAGAAGUCCUAAAGUUCGUCUAGGUUCAGUCUCUGUGGAGACUAUCAAUCUCAACACUUCCUCGGCUGCUCCUUCCUUCGACCUCAAACUUAAUGCACAAGUUACCAUCAAAAACAAGAAUUUUGGGAGGUUCAAGUUCCACAAUAGCACUGCCACUAUCUCAUACAGAGGUACUGAGGUUGGACAAGCAACCAUCGAUAAGGGAAAAGCUAAAGCUCGAUCGACCAAGAAGAUUAAUAAUGUCAUGGUGUCUGUGAAAUCCAACAAGGUCUCGUCGAAUUCAGCAGGCCUCUUGAGAAGUGAUCUCAGCUCCAAGAAUUUGACUUUCAGUGCUUAUACCAAGUUGGAAGGGAAGGUUCAUCUUUUCUUGAUUUUCAAGAAAAAGAAGUCUGCUCAGAUGAAUUGCACAUUCAUAGUUAAUACUGCAACCAAAGGGAUCAGCGAUUUGUCUUGCAAGUGAAAUAUAUAUAUCUAUAAUAUAUAUAUAUAUAUAUAUAUAUAUAUAUAUAAAUAUAAUAUCUUCUUAAUUGAGUUUUCAACCUUUUUUCUUUUUCUCUCUCUUUUUUUCUUUCUUGGGUUUGAUAUUAAUUGGGUUUUUGAAAAUUUGUGUUUUUUUUUUUUUUUUUUUUUUUUUGGUUUGAUGGGAGGGACAGUAUUUGUGGAAAAGCUAUUUGUCUCUCUCUUUUACUUAUUCUUUGUAGUUCAUGGUGUUACUACUAAUUAUUGAUGCUUUUCAUAUUGGAUUAAACUUAAUAUAUAUAUUGCUUGCAGUAAAUCUGUGGUCCGUUAAGUUCUUUGCUUCAAGUUUUGAUUUUCUCCUGUGAUUAAUUUUUCCCUGUGGAUCAGAUAUUUCUUGCUUGUGUUUUGCUUUCAGUGUAGUGUUUUCUAUCCAGAGAGAAGGAGGGUAUGGUCCAUUUAGUCCAAGUCUUUUAGACUUUAUUGAUCAAUAAUUAAUGGAUAUUUCUAGAUA